ACCAAUUUGAAACCUGCAACACGGCGGUCCUUGCUAUUACUGUUUGUUUCCUCAUUUGUGGUAUUAACUCAACGCGCGUUGUUUUAAAAAUAUCUUCGAUUGAUAGCUUAUAGAAGGUAACCGCUGCCUCGCAUAGCAACCCAUGACUUGCAGUUAACGCUGACUAGAAUUUGUUAGCUACUACUGUAGCUAGCUACGGUAAAAUGCCAUCUCGUGUUGAGGAUUAUGAGGUUUUGUAUACAAUAGGGUCAGGGUCUUACGGGAAAUGUCAAAAAAUAAGGAGGAAAUCUGAUGGGAAGAUUCUAGUUUGGAAGGAGCUGGACUAUGGGACCAUGGCGGAGAGCGAGAAGCAGAUGCUGGUGUCUGAGGUCAACCUUUUGCGUGAACUGAAGCAUCCCAAUAUUGUCCGAUAUUAUGACCGCAUCAUUGACCGGACCAACACCACAUUGUACAUCGUCAUGGAGCACUGUGAAGGCGGGGACCUAUCCAGCCUAAUCACCAGAUGCAUCAAAGAAAGGCGUUACCUGGAGGAGGAGUUUAUCAUGCGUGUCAUGGCACAGCUCACCCUGGCCCUGAAGGAGUGCCAUCGCCGUAGCGACGGUGGGGCCACGGUGCUGCACCGAGACCUCAAGCCUGCCAACAUCUUCCUGGACGUCAAGCAGAACGUCAAGCUCGGCGACUUUGGCCUGGCGCGGAUCCUCAACCACGACACCAGUUUUGCAAAAACAUUUGUCGGCACCCCUUAUUACAUGUCCCCGGAACAAAUGAAUCGCAUGUCAUACAAUGAGAAAUCCGAUAUUUGGUCUCUCGGGUGCUUGUUGUACGAACUCUGUGCCUUAUCGCCUCCCUUCAUGGCUUACAACCAAAAAGAGCUGGCAGAAAAGAUCCGUGAGGGAAGGUUUCGGAGGAUCCCCUACCGGUAUUCAGAAGAGCUUAACUCCCUUCUGUCCAGAAUGCUUCAUUUAAAGGACUACCUGAGGCCCUCCGUUGAGUCAAUUCUCCAGAGCAGCCUGUUGGCGGACGUGGUCGCCGACGAGCAGAGGAGGGCACAGGCGAGGAACAGGAGGAGGUCGGCAGAUCCUGAAAAAGCCAAACCCGCCGACUCCUCGAGCACCCACACCGCAGCAGAGCUGAGGCUGAAGGAGCAGGUGCUCCAUGACAGGGAGAAGGCCCUGCAGGAGCGCGAGGAGAGGCUGGAGCAACGGGAGCAGGAGAUUUGUGUUCGCGAGAGACUAUCAAACGAGAAACUGGCCAGAGCGGAAAGUUUGUUGAAGAGCUACAACCUCCUGAAACAGCAGAAGGCCGAGCCAUCGUUAUAUUCCAAUGACCUAGAUGAGGGAAAGGAGAAUGACUCCCCUGGGAAGAAGAAGGUCCAUUUUGCCGGAGAAAGCAAAGAGAACGUGAGGCCUAAUCAGAGGCAGAUGCAGUGUGUGAAGGGCCAGGAGCUGAGGCUGAAGCAGAGGCUGCAGGCAGCCAGUCAAUUGGCCCUGGCCCUGGGCGAGGUGGAGAGAAACUAUCAGGUCAAGAGCAGGCAGAUCCUGGGCAUCCGCUAGCCCCUGGAAAGCAAACUGGAGCCUUGCUGCCAGUGCCUCGGAUGGAUGGUUAUGUGAGGAAUGUCCCAGACGUUCCGGAUCCUCAGUUUAAAACCCCUGGGUUGACAUCAGAGAGUUCCAGAACUGCUGAAAGCUAGCAGUCCCACGCUUUAGGGGAAAAUAAGUGGCUUUAAUUUAUUUGUAUCAUAGACUUGUGCUGUGGUGAAAAAAUGGCUUUGUUUUUAGUGGUGUUUUUAUUGUGUAUCUCAGCAUUUCAAAUGCAUCCUCUGUUCUUGGCAGAACUGCAAAGAUGUUAUGAUUGUUGUUUCUAACCACUGUGUAUUAAAGAUGUUUAAAGAAUUUAGAACAUCUUUUUUCAAAUAUGUGGUGAUUUGGCCGACUUUUAGGCCAUUGAGCCAGGGAAUGUUCAAAUGUAUGUUUUGGGGAGUUGGACCACUUUCUUUUAAACAAUGCUCGGAUUGACCAUUGUCCUUUACACUAGAAUUUUCUCAAAUGUGUGUAAUCUACAUUACUUUGGUUCCAUGAUGAAGUUGAUUAAAUAUAAAAAAAAUUUUACAUGUAAAGCAUCCAAAAUUCCCAUUGAGAAUUGUGUUCACAAUGUAAAUUGUGUUAACAAACAUUAAUGCAGGGGUUGGCAACUACAUUAAGCUUUAAGCCACCAAUUGUCCAGGCCCAAAACAUAAUUAUUAAAAUGGUGUACUGUG